AAAAUUUUCAUUACGAUGGGCAACUGUGAAAUCCUCUGUGGAACUGAGGGGAGGAUGUCGAAUCCCUAGCUGCUAUUGUCUCAUCUCCAACGCUCUCGGCAUCUGCGGAUUUCCAUCCGCCAUAACGUCGAGUCUGCGUCGCAGCCAUUUGAUCCCGCAGCUGAGAGUUGUCUUGAUCCCGUCUCUGAGAAUAGGACGAAGUCACCAUUGCGUCAUGUUAACAGAUCAUAUUGACACUGUGCUUCGCUAAAACAAAGAAAAAACAUUAAUUUUCAAAUUUUAUAAAGACUUAGUUAAAAUUAAAAUAAUAUCUCUUCAAAUAUCUCGUCUAUCUUCUCUGUAGACAAUGCGAUGGGUGAUUCAUCGAAAGAUGAUAAGUGUAUAAGUGUAUAAGUGUUUUAGAAUCUAUUUAUUAUGUUUUAGAGUCUUUUUUAGAGUGUUUACAGAUUUAGGAGUUUUUUUUGGCAAUGUGGUGAUUUUGAAGCAUUUUGGUAAUAAAGAUUGAAGAAAUUCAUAGUUGUACGUCGAACCAAUCUAGAGUCAACAAUCAGAGUCAAACGUCGAUCGGCAAACAUCACGUGUCAUCGAUCGACAAACAUCCCGUGUCGUCGAUCGAAAAAUAUCAUGUGUCAUCGAUCAACAACGAAGAGCGCAAGGCCCGACUUGGUUCCCAACCGACUUAUAGCCCAAGUCCCACAACAAUUACAUAAAUACCCCUGACCGACUUUAACCUAAUAUUUAUGUACUCUUCCAUUGUUUUGGGUAACACACGCUUUUCAUUCUUUCAUAUUUUCACUGCAAACAUAUUUAGGGUUUUUAUUAGUUUGGAGAGAAGAUCCAAGACUCCUUCAGAGCUUUGUAUUGGAACUCCAGUUUUUCAAAUUUAUUCUAUUUGUGCAUCUUAUUCAGAUUAUUGCUAUGUUUUGCUUUGCUAUGUCUGAACACUACAAGAAAACUUUUCCGUAACGACGAAACAUUACGAAGAAAAUCUUUCCUCGUAAACUUACAAGUAGUUUACGAGGAUGUUAUGACGAAACUGAAAUUCGUCGUUACGACGACGUAAAAUUACAAUGAAAACGUUUCGUCGUAAAUACCUUGUAAAUUUACGACGAAAGUACGUGGCAAACAAUAUUCGUCGUAAAUUUACGAGGACGACGACACAUGUUACCGUUAUUUAUUGGUGAAAACGUAUAUUGAAUACGCUUUGAAUUGCCCAAUUUCGUUGCAAACUCGUUGUAAAACAGAUGUAAGAGAGAUGUAAAACCCUAGUAAAAUCCUUGUUAUACUUCACCUACCAAACUCGAAAUUUUUUCUAUAUAUAUAUGUCAUUUCUCACAACUCACAAACGAAAACAAAAAAAAAAUAUCUUAGGAAAAAAAAUUUCCAAAAAAAUUUCCAAAAAACUCCCCAAAAAAAUUCUAAAAUUUUUUUGAAAAACAAAAUUCCCCCAAUUUUUUUUUUUAAAAUGGCGGAUGGCGGUAAUAUUUACGAGUUACAGAGUUAGAUGUAUUCCCAUAAAGAUUCAGAAGGGAGAGUGACGAAUGCAUUACUGAGCGGGCUAGAGACGUUCAUGUACCAGGCGGGCUCUACACCGCUCACGCAAGAAAGCGGUAAGAUGUUCUGCCCUUGUCAGAAAUGCAAGAAUUCAAAAUUUGCACGUAGUGAAACUGUAUGGAAGCGUUUAGUAAACUGGGGAUUUACACCACAAUAUUAUAUUUGGUAUCAAGGGAGAGAGUUAUGGUCGAAAUGAAGCUAGUAUUAGUAAUAAUAAUUUUGGGGAUGCUGGUAAUAAUGAAGAACCAAGUCAUUUGCAUAAUGAAUAUAAUUACCAUCAAGAAGAGCAUAUGGUAGAUCAUGAUAGGGUUCAAGACAUGAUUAUUGAUGCAGUUUUAGAAAAAACUACAACAAUAGUUGAUGGAACUGGAAAUGUAGAAGAACCUAAUUUGGAUGCAAAAAGGUUUUAUGAAAUGCUAGAUGCUGCAAAUCAACCAAUCUACACUGGUUGUAGAGAAGGUCUCUCUAAAUUAUCUCUAGUAGCUAGGAUGAUGAAUAUUAAAACGGAUCAUAAUUUACCUGAAAAUUGCAUUGAUGCAUGGGCGGAGUUGUUUAAACAGUAUUUGCCAAAAAACAACGUGUCUGCUGAAUCUUAUUAUGAGACUCAGAAAUUGGUUUAUAGUCUUGGGUUGCAUUCAAAGAUGAUAGGUGUUUGCAUUGACAACUGCAUGAUCUACUGGAAAGAUGAUGAGACGCUAGAAGAGUGUCAAUUAUGUAAGAAACCACGAUUGAAACCGCACGGACGUGGGAGGAAUAUGGUACCAUACCAAAGGAUUUGGUACCUCCCAAUUACAAACAUGUUGAAAAAGUUAUAUCAAUCUGAGAGGACUGCUGCAUCGAUGAGGUGGCAUGCCGAACAUGUCCAGAGGGAUGGCCAGGUCGCUCAUCCAUCAGAUGCCAGAGCGUGGAAACAUUUCAACAAGUUAAACCCAGAUUUCAGUAGAAAUAUUCGGAAUGUCUAUCUUGGGUUAUGCACCGAUGGAUUUAGUCCAUUCAGAAUGUUUGAGAGACAAUAUUCUUUGUGGCCAGUCAUUCUUACGUCGUACAAUCUGCCGCCGGAAAUGUGCAUGGAACAAGAAUUUCUAUUCUUAACCAUAUUAAUCCCUGGGCCGAAGCAUCCAAAACGGUCGCUAGAUGUUUUUAUUCAACCGUUGAUACAAGAGCUAUAGUUGUGGUCAGACGGAGUGAGGGCAUAUGAUUGUUCGUUGAAAAUUAAUUUUACGAUGCGAGCAGUUCUGCUGUGGACGAUAAGUGACUUUUAUGCUUAUAGGAUGUUGUCUGGUUGGAAAACACAUGGAAGAUUAUCUUGUCCAUAUUGUCUUGGAUCGACGGAUGCUUUUCAACUGAAGAAUGGUAGGAAGAGUUGUUGGUUUGAUUGUCAUCGUUGCUUUCUCUCCAUUUCUCAUCCAUACAGAAGAAAUAAGACAUUGUUUAGGUACAAAAGAGUUGUCAGAGACAGUCCUCCUCCAUAUCUCACCGGCCAACAGAUCGAAGAGGACAUUGAUUAUUACGGAGCUGAGGAAACAGUUAACUGUGGAGGAAACUGGCAUGUUCCUGGAAAUAUGCCUGAUAGGUAUGGUGUGGCGCACAAUUGGCAUAAGAAGAGUAUAUAUUGGGAGCUGCCUUACUGGUGAUGCAUAUAGAGAAGAAAUUUUUUGAGAACAUCAUGAAUACAACACUAAACGUCCCUGGAAAGACAAAAGAUAACAAGAAGUCAAGAUGGAUUUACCGGAUAUUUGCUCAAGAAGUGAGUUACAUAUCAAGAGCAAUGACAACGUUCUUAUCUUUCGGUUGUCAUCAGAAGCCAAAACAACUAUGUUUUAUUGGGUUGCAUCAGAAGUUAAGUUCCCAGAUGGUUAUGUUUCUAAUAUGUCAAGAUGUGUUGAACAAGGUCAAAAUUUCGUACGAGAAAAAGAGUUUCUAGAAGAUAUGAUGAUGGAGGAGUACCGACAUCAUAUGCAGUUGAUGGUGUUUCUGACAUUUUCUGUCAAAUUGGACGGUUUGGUGGUAAACUGAAAGAAGUAUGGUGGUCAUGUGAAGAAGAUAAGCAUAGUGCCCACACUUAUAUUUUGCUCAAGUGCGAGGAUGCAAUAAUCCGUUCCUUUGAGAGGUAAAUAUUUUUGUGAAUGUUAAUUAUAUGAAAAAUAUUAGUUAUAUAUGCUCUAACGCAUUCAUUUUAUUUGCAACAUGUUUGUAUCUCAAGUUGAAGAAGCAAUACCAGGAAUAUCCUCAACUGAAGUUGACGCAUGGAAAGAUAAGCACUUUGUCAAGUGGUUAAAAUCACAUGUUGAGUAUGACGAUCCUUAUUACCUCAUCUGGUUUCACGAUUUGGUCCAAGGUCCAGUAGCAAAGGUCACCACAUCACCUAUGUAUUUAACACGAGGUUUUACCUUUCACACAUACGAGUAUGGGAGACAUCGGGCAACAAGUAACUAUGGAAUAUGUGUGAAAGGCGAAACAGACUUUUAUGGGAUCUUGCAGGAGAUUAUUGAAGUCGAAUUUCUGGGGUUAUUGAAGCUAAAAUGCGCCCUCUUCAAAUGUGAAUGGUUCGACCACGUUGUGAACCGAGGUGUUCGGGUUAACAAAUUUGGUGUUGUGGAUGUCAAUUCUUGGAGAAGAUACAACAAGUUCGAGCCUUUCAUCCUAGCUUCUCAAGCCGAGCAAGUUAGCUUCAUUCCAUACCCUCGCCUUCGCAGUUCUGGGAUAAACUGGUUAGCUGUUAUAAAAGUUACACCUCGUGGACGAAUUGUUGCUGGAGAAGAACCACCUUUGCAAGAAGAAGACGCUAUCGAUGAAGUUGAGGUCACUGAUCAACAACUUAAUGAAAUCCUUCUGAUCAAAACGGAAAACCAACAAUAUGAAGAUCUUCCCGAAGAUGUGACAAAUGAAGCACGUGAAGACGAGUUCGAUGGAAGCGACGGUGAUCAUUGUACUGAUCUUGAUGAGAACGAAAACGAUUCAGAACGAUGUAAUCUAUGUAACAAAUGUUGUUUUUCUUUUUCAUUUUCUCAUUUUAAUGUAUUUGUAUCAAAAAGUUGUGUUUAUAUAAUAUGUUUAAAAAAAUUAAUUUGGAGUUUAGGGUUUAAGUUGGAUAAAGAGGAAGAAGAUGUAAAGAAGAAGAGAUGAUGUUAUAAGAUAAGUAACUUUGGGGUUUAGGUUUUCUGGUUCCGGGGUUUAGGGUUAAGCCUCGUAAAGUCGUCGUAAACAAAAAACACGGGCCUGGUAAAUUUGUCGUAACCUGGUCAACGUAAAUUUUACACGUAAAAUUCGUCGUAAUCUUAAAAACACGGGCAUGGUAAAUUCGUCGUAAAUGAAAAAAACGUAGGCCUGGUAAUUUCAUCGUAAUUAAAAAAAACACGGGCAUGGUAACUUCAUCGUAAAGUUCUGACGACUUUACGAGGAAUGCCUUUUCUUAUGUAUAGGCGACACCUCAGAACGAGCUUUGCUCGUUCAUUCCUCCCAAAUCCCUCUCCAUUCCUUUCAAGGUAACCUCUCCCUCUCUCUAAUUUUUUUUUAAAAAAACAUUGUUUAGUUUUAAGUGGUUAGUAUAGGUAAUUAGCUUAAGGGGUUAGUAUAGGUAAUUAGUUUAAGUGGUUAGUAUAGGUAAUAAGUUAGGUAUCAGAAUAAUAUUUUUUAACUAUGUCAUUAUUUAUAAAACUAACUGUAAUUUUUUAUAAAAUUUAGAUGGGUCCUAGAAGAAAGCCAGCAGCACCAACUUACUCUCAGAUGUUUCAUGAUGGUAUCGGUACAUCUUCUUCCGUCCAUUAUCUUCCGAGGCAGUUCCGGACUCUCAGACAUCCCAGAGAGUUUUUUGGAGUCCUCCUCCUCCUGCACCUCAUAUGUGCCACCUCCUCCUCCUCCAGCCGCUGCACCUUAGCCUGUCCCAGGAGGUGCAAUUCAUCCAGAUUUGUGUGUGCUUCUGUCUGCUCCAUACGCGAGAUAUACAGUGGAGGAUUUGCUCGUCCAGUCUGGACGAGAGGGGUUGGAUCUUCUGGAUCCCGAUAGACCACCGGGAACUUAUUGGUAACUUAUUAUUUUUAGUACAUUAAAUUUUAUUUUUUUUCUUCUAACAAUUAGGUUAUCUUUUCAGAUUUGGGGCCAACAACCGUGUUGGCCGGAGCGUGUCAGAGACGAUCAAGGGCUACUACGACGGAGCCUCCCCAAAUUGGAGCAAGACUCCAGACCACGUUAAGACAACUUGGUUGAAAUGUUUUGCGGUAAUUGUUUUUUAAACAUCUAAUUAAAUAUUUAUUUUAAUUCUUUUAAAAUUUUGUUUGUUUCAGCAAAGAUGGCACUGGUCCUUGGGAAUCACCAAGAGGGUGAAGAGGGAGUUCAUUGCAAAGGCAAAGACCCGCCUUUGCAACACUGUCUCCGACUGGAAGGACAAGUGGGAGAUCUACGGUUAUGACGGAAAGCCCACCGAGCUCAAGAAGGAAGUAUGGGAUGAUCCCAUGGCCUAUUGGAAGCUACCCUCUUCGAUUCGUAAGGCCAACUCGUGCUCCGCUUCCUGAAGAACGAAGGACAAAGAUGGUCACUUGCCCAUGGUUCACAGAACCGGGAGUCUUACCAUCUCUGUCUGAUCUAUUCAAGAUGACUCACGCCACAUCAGACAGGAUUUUUGUGGAUCCGGCAUCCGAGAAAAUCUUCAACGCAAUGGCUUCUCGGGUUGAUGAGUGGGAGAUGCAAUUAACCCAGCUGUCUCCCGAUGGAUUACCCAUCAAACUGACCACCAAAGAGGUCGACAUGAUCUUCGAAGAGGUAAAACUUUAUAAAUUUAUUUAAAUAAAUUUAACUAUUUAAUAAAAUUUAACUAUAUUAAUAUGCAUUUAUAGGUGGCUCCUAGAAAGAAGGGACGGACAGUGGGCAUAGGUUAUGUUAACGAAGUUGCUAAGGAAACUUCGUCAUACGCUUCGAGACGUGAUGAAGAGAACUCUCAGAUGCGAGCUCAGAUGGAUAGCCAGCAUGAUCAUUUAGACUCUCUUGAGGAUCUACUGGACGUGAUGGCGGUGGGAAAUCCGACUAUGCAGCGAGCACUAAAUGAGAGACGAGCAGCUCUCGGGAUGCCAAUACUGAAAUCCGAAGAUGCCGAUCCAGACCGUUCUCAACCGAGCACCGCCACCGACUACUUCGAUAAUAUGUUGUAGUUUUUUUUGUUUCAUUUUGCAUUAUGAAUUUAAAUAUUAUGUUAUGACUUUUAAAUAGUUUCUAACAAUAUGUUUUCAUUUUCAUAUUUCAUUUUAUAUUUAAAAUUUUUAAAACUUCAAAUUUUAAAUAAUAUUAUUAUUUUAAUUUAAUAUUAAAUGGUAAGGAACGAUGUAAAUUCGUUGUAAACUUUACAUGGAAUUUACAACGAAAUCCUUGUAACAUCGUCGUAACGUUUACGUGGAGCUUACAUGGAUAGCAUUGUAAAUGAUACAUGGAGUUAACAUCGAGAUAAUACGAGUACUUUACAACGAAAUGUUACGUCUCGUUUACGACGAAAUGUUUCCUUCCGUUUUACGAGGAAAGCAUUCCUCAUAAACGUUACCACUUGUUUACGACGAAACCUCCGUUACGAUGGACGUUUAACAACGAAACUGUUUUCGAGGUUAAUUCGUCGUAACACCCUUUUUACGACGAAUUUGCAAGGAAUAUUGCCCUCGUAAAAAAUAUGUUUUCCUGUAGUGGAGUAAUUCACUUGUUAGAUUUAGGGUUUAAGUAAGAUCAUGAGAGAUUAGCCCAAACUAUAGAACUGCUAAGGUGAUAGACAUCCUUCAAGGAAUUGCCUGUAAUGCUUGUGUUCCAGAGUAGCUAACUAGAACCCUGAUUUUAGGAUUGUGGACAACUACGAUGGUAGGUUCUGCACCAGAAUAGAUUCCCUUGAGUUACGAUUGCUAGAAAAAAAUGACAACUGAUUUAGUUAAGACUGUUGAAUCUAACGAUCAACUCGCUAAAGCUUUCCUAAGGAAACAUCAAUCAACACUAAUCCAAUAGCGUCGAUUGACGUUUGAUCUUUAUCAACAAGCAUAAGCUGAGAUAUUAGACUUAGUCAAUAAGAUUGAUUCACAUGCGGAAGCUGAAAUAAUUUCUCAUUAGAAUUCGAGUUCUAGGAUUGGGAACCUGAGCAUUCUAUAUCAUUAUAAUCGUGAUUACCAGAAACCUUAUAUCUACUUGCUUUCUCAUAACUGUUUACAACCUCAAACAAUUAAUCAACUGAACAACUACCUUGUUCGCCUCUGCUGUUUAUUGAUUUACUAUGUUUGCCUAGCUUAAUCAUAAACUAAUUUGGAUAUAUUGUGUGCCCUAGCUCCUCGUGAAUUCGAUCCCUAAGUACUAGGACUGAACCUCUUAUUUGAGAGAGUAAAAGUCACUCUUUGGGGUAAUUUGAGUAAUACCAAAUCUGGCGCCGUUGAUCGCCAUUAGAUCUUAUUAGUUAGAUUUAGUCUCGGUUUUCUUGUUAUAGAUUUUCUCAUAAAAAAAUUCUUGAUUUAUUUUUGGUGAAUGUCCAGAAGUACCAGAAGUAACAAAGAAAAUUCGCUGCUAUUCUCAGAUCCCGCACACUUAAAACACAUAAACCGCAAAGAGAAACGCGCUGCAUCUAUCGAUAACAACUCAGAUCCGUCGAUCGACU